AUGUCAGAGCGCGUGUCUCGGAGCGAACGAUGGGAAGGGACUCGUCCUGCAGCCAAUGACGCCGUACGUGUGCGACCACCGCUCAAUCCGACCGAUCCGGGUUUCGACCUGAUUCCGCAGCGCUUCCGUGAGAGCAUGUGCCAGGUCCCGACACCCGCCAGCCUGUCGGUGCAAUCGCCUCAGGGCAAGAAGCUGUUCGUCUUCGACCGUGUUUUCGAUGAGAACACCACCCAAGAAGGAGUAUGGGAAUACGUCAGCGAUAGCGUGUCGUCAUUCAUCAAGGGCUAUAAUGUCUCCAUCCUUGCAUACGGCCAGUCUGGUGCCGGCAAAUCGUACACCAUGGGCACCGCCGCGUCGGGCGACCAGGAUGCACCGGAAUCGCGAGGCAUCGUUCCCCGCGCCGCCCACGCACUCUUCGAGAAGCUCAACGGCGGGCAGGCCCGUCCGUCAGGUCUCCAGGCUCCCAAACGAUACUCCACACAGGCCACGCCCGCCAGAUCCUCAAUCGCUGGCGCAACCAAAGACUGGGAAUUGAGGGCUACCUACGUCGAAAUCUACAAUGAGCAGCUGCGGGAUUUACUCGCCCCAGAAGGCCAAGGCGAUCGUAGCCAGGUCGCCAUCCGCGAGGACACCAAGGGCCGCAUCAUGUUGACGGGCCUCACCCAAGUCCCCAUCCACUCCGCCGAAGAUGUCCUAAACGCCCUCGCCUACGGCUCUGCCAUCCGCCAGACUGACGCCACCGCCAUAAACGCGCGAUCGUCGCGAUCUCAUGCCGUCUUCAGCCUCAAUCUCAUUCAGAGGCGAUCCGACGGCGUUCCCCCGGCCGCCACGACGAGCAAAGUCGACAAGCGGCAGUCAAUGCCAGCCGAGAGCUUCGCGCCCGAAUCCACCGUGACCGUUGAUAGCAAAUUACACUUUGUCGACCUGGCCGGUAGCGAACGGUUGAAGAAUACAGGUGCUACCGGUGACCGUGCCAAGGAGGGUAUCUCCAUCAACGCCGGCCUUGCCAGCUUGGGCAAGGUCAUCUCGCAAUUGUCCUCCAGGAAUCCCAACGCACACAUUUCCUACCGCGACUCACGACUGACUCGCCUGCUGCAAGACUCCCUCGGUGGGAGCGCUAUCACCUUCAUGGUCGCCUGCGUGACGCCGGCCGUCUUCCACCUGAGCGAGACGCUCAACACCGUUCACUACGCCCAACGCGCGCGCGCUAUCCAGAGCAAGCCCGAGAUCCAGAGCAGCCACGACGAAGGCGACAAGCAGGCCGCCAUCGACCGCCUACGGGCCGAGGUGAGCUUUUUGCGCGACCAGAUUCGCAAUGCCGACCAAACCACUCGCGGUGGUGACAAGAGCGAUCGCUCGCGCGGUCGCGAUGCUGAGCUGCAGUCGCAACUUAUGGACAUGCAGGAGAAUUACAAUGCGCUCAGCCAACGCCACGCCCGCCUCAUCGCUGAGAUCUCGCGCGCCCACGAGAGUGAAGAGGGCGAGACACCUGUCCUCCACGAGGCUUUGGGAGAGAAUGUCAGCGAGCGCAUCAAGCGCUCCAACUCUUUCGCCGAGGCCGUGGAGCAGGUCGUCCUCGAAUAUGAAAAGACCAUCCAGACCCUCGAGACGAGCCUGUCCAAGACCCGCUCCUCCCUCGCCAACACCGAGACGACGCUGAUGGAGAAGGAGACCCGCAUCGCCUACAUGGAGACCAUUCAGCAGCAGCUGCAGUCACGCGUCCAGAAAUCUAUGGAUCGCGAGGCUAGCAACGAUCUAUACACACGGGAGCUCGAGAACAAAAUGGAGGGCGCCUCCACCGAGGACGACCGCCGCGAGACAAUGAUGAAUGAAUUGCGAAAGGAGCUGGCUCGAGUGAGGGAGGGCGAGGCGAGUGCCGAAGAUUACAUCUCAACCCUAGAGGAGCGCUUGGCCGAAGCCGAGCAGGACCAGGAGAUUAUGCAACGCGAGAUCGACCGCUUGGAGCAUGUCGUGGACCGCCAACGCAGCAUCGGCAAGCUGGACAACCUGCUGGGCGAGCUUGACGUGGCGCGAAACAACAGCGGCCGCGCCGCGAAGGCCGUUCCUAACAUUCACGAUGACGAUUACGAUCCCUUCCGGCCCCCGUCUGCUGCGGAGUCCAAGUCGGACUAUGGCAGCGUGAACGGCGACGACUCCAUGACGCACGAGAAGAGCGAUGGUGUGCCGCAACCCUCGGUCGCACCUUUGGCUGCCACCAUCGGCGCCCAGCAGGACUUCAUGGCCGAGAAGUUUGAGAGCCUGUCGCAAGAGUUCUUCGACCUCCGCUCCGAGCACGAGGCCAUCUUGACCGACCACGACAACCUGCAGCAAAAGUACCGCACGGCGUUGGAGACUCUCGCAAAGUUGGAAUACGACAAGGAGCUCAAAUCUCUGCAGACCCCGGAGCAGAGCCGACCCAACUCUUUUUUAGAAACCGACGCAAAAUCAGACAAGCCGGCACGAACCGAGCAACCCUCGUCUACUCUCUCCUCCUCGGACUCUUCGUCGCCGGUGCCAUUGAAUGGUGGCGCCGAGGCCUCGAGGGCGGAUCUCGACGCCCAGGACGAUGCUACUGAUGCAGGAGGCGAGUCCCGUGCCAAUUCACCCUCCGACCACGACGAGAUGGUGCAAGAGAUGGAGACCCUCCGCAAGCUACACGCCGAGAAGGAAGUAUCCGUCACUGAGCUCACCAAGAACUACAAGAGCUUGGCUCAGCGGCACGAGAGCACACUCGCGCAGGUGCAGGAGCUCAAGCAGGAAGUCAUGCGGUCCCAACAACUCCGACCUGCCUCACCCAGUUUCCCGGCCUCGCCAUCGUUCAGCAAAUCCAUGUGGCGUCGCCGGUCAGAAGACCUCCUCAGCAACGGCACCUCUGAUCGCCUCUCCAAGUCGAUCGUCAACCUCAAGACUUUGGCGGCGAACCACCUCGAGGAGAGCUCAGACGCCAAGCAGAACUUCGAUCAGAACAUCAACUCCGUCAUGACCGAGUUGCAUGGCCGAUCGGAGCGCGUGCAGGUCCUAGAGACGGAAUUGGCCAACGUCCGCAAGGAAAUGGAGAGCAAGCAGACCAUCAUCUCGGGUCUGACCCGCGAACGGUCCAGCAUGAAGGCAUCGUCGGGCGUCGAUUUCUCCGUCGUCGGUCAGAUGCGUGACCAGCUCUUGGAGAGUGAGAACCAAAUCCGCGCCUUGCACGAACAACAUGCUGCCAAGGAGAAGGACUUCCAAGCACAGAUUGAGGACCUCAAGGAAGCCAUCUUGCAAUCCGGCAAAUCUGCUAGCCCAGGUCGGCAUGGCUUGCCCACUCCGGCCGAGGAACGUGGUUUCUCGUCCAUCCCCGGAGGCUUCCCAGCGUCGCCCGAAUCAGACCGGACACUGCAGCGCUCCGACACCAACCUCGACGCGGCGGCGGAUAUCGCCCGCUUGCAGCAGGAGGUCGCUGCGUGGGAGGUGAAGCACAAGGAGACCAUGGACUCCUUCACCGCCUCACAAGCUGAUCUGUUGAGCACCAUCGCGGACCUGCAGGCAUCACUCGCCGCGACUCAGCGGGAUCGCACGCGUGAUGCAUCGCCCAGCGGCUCGGCUCGGUAUGACGAGGACAUUGACGCCGACGACAUCGAGCAGGAGCGCGCCAUGCACCGCCAAUUGGUCAAGGCGCUGGAGUCGCAAGUGCAGGAGCACCAGGCCAUCGCCAACGAGCGGGUUGCGCGCCUCGAGCAGCUUCAGGAAUCGUAUGCCGACAUCGCCUCCCAAGUCGAUGCCGCCGGCUCCUCGCACACUCUCGCGCAGAAGGAGCUGGAGACUCACAAGGACCUCGUGGUCAACCUGGAGAACCAGCUGCAAGUGCACAAGUCUGCCAUUGCCAUCCACCAAGAAAGCCUCGAGUCCUUGCAGGCCGCGCACUCGAGAGAGGUGGACGAGCUGAAGACGUCCAUCGAACACCUGCAAAAGGAAUCGAAUGAGAAGACGGCCGCGCUCCAAGAGCAACAUGAGCAAGUCACCUCUGACCUACGCAAUGCCCUCGCAGCCGCGCACAACGAGUCCAGCCAGCUCAUCCGUAACGCCUCCACGGCUCUGGGCUAUGAGACCGACCCAUCCAAGCUACACUCUCAGAUCCGAGGCCUCGUCGAAGAGGGCAAGGAACUACACAACCGCCACCUCAAGACCACCAACGAUCUCAAGGCGGUGCAGGAAGAAUUGCAGAACGCCAUCAACCGAUCCGUCGAGAUGGAGAGUCAAGUGAACGAGAUCAAACUUGUCAGCGAGGAGCGCGCGCUCCAUCUUGAGAAGAUGUCCAACAAAUACGCCAAGAGUUCGCGCCUCGUGGAGGAAUUGGAGGAGCAGCUCAAUUCCAACUUCGACUCGCACCAAGCCACCAACAAGCGUCUGUCGACGAUGCAGAGCGAAACAGUGCAGGCGCGGAUGGAACUCGAGCGCGAGCUGGAGGAACACAAGAUCCGCAACAGCACACUUGAGGUAUGGCCAAACUCUCGUCAUGUUGACAAGCACUCUAUGCAACGUACUGACACAAACCAACAGCAACAGUUGGCUGCCUUCAAGCGCCAGUCGGUUGUCUCAAACCAAUCCACUUCGUGGAAUCGCGAAUCCCUCUCUCCAGAAGCCGCUGCCAUUGCCCUCGCACGAUCGGCCUCGUCCUCGUCCAACCCGCGCAAAUCUACAACGUCGACCGCUUUGCCGACUCCACCGCCCUCCAUUCCCCUCCCUCCAUUGCCCAGCUCACCCGGUGGCACCAACAGCGCCACUUUGGGUGGUAUCGAUGCUCGGGCCGCGUCUCCGCCAACCCCACGGGCCACUUCACCUACCGCUGGCUCUCCUCCGCCCUCGCGUCACGCGUCGAAUGAGGUCAGCCAGGCUAUGGCACAGGUGGUGGAGGAGCAAGAAGCCCGCAUCCGCACCAUCGAGAAGCACUUGUUUGCCGAGAAACAGCUCACCGCCACUCUCGAGGAAGCGCUGGUCGAUCUUGAAACCUCGGCCAACCGCACCAAGACAGAAAUGGAGAACUACCGCAAGCGUUGCUCCAGCCUCGAGGAUGAACUCGUCAGCCUCCGCAAGGAGCGCAGCAGCUCCCGCGCCAGUCUGCAAGCCGUCGAGGAGGAGCGCGAGAUGAGACUGCGUGCCGAAAGGGCUCGACAGGCGCUCGAGGCCCGCAUGAUGGAGCUCAACGCCAACAAGAAGAAGAAGAAGAACUCCCUCAACUGCUUCUAG